AUGGCCACCCACCUCGCCGCUGUCUCCCCAGCCAAAGGCCAGCCCUUUGAAAUCCGAGCCCGCCCUACCCCAAAGCCAGGGCCAGACGAGCUCCUCAUCGCAGUCAAAUCUGUAGCCCUCAACCCGGCAGACACCAUCAUGCGUGACCAGGGUCUUUUCAUACCAGCAUACCCCACGGUCAUUGGCUUCGAUAUGUCGGGGUUGAUCCUGGAGGCCGGCGACAAUGUCCCAGUGUCCUUCCGACCGGGUAUCACCCGCGUCGCCGCCUACGCCGCUUUGGUCUGGAAAUCCUGCGAUCCAGACUAUGGCCCAUUUCAGGAGCGGUGCCUCGUCCCGUGGCAGCAUGCGGUGCCCCUUCCGGACGAGGGCAUGUCUUGGAACCACGCGGCAACUCUGCCUGUCGCCGUGCAGGUACCCCUUAGCGCGUGGGAUGCCAUGGGCAUCUCCCGAGUGGGAGAGGCCCCUGCAAAGAAUAUUAUGGAAAAAAGAGAAGCCCUCCUAAUCUGGGGUGCCUCCUCAAGCGUCGGCACUAUGGGCGUUCAAACGGCCCGACUCCUGCGGGAAGAUGUUAACUCUUCUUUCGCAGCCGUGUAUGCCACGGCUGGAUCGGCGAACAUGAGUUAUGUAGGUUCAUUGGGUGCGGACCGCGUGUUUGACCACAAAGACUCACGAGUUGUGGAUGCAAUCAUCUCGGCGGCCAAGGAGGACGGAUUAGUGAUCCGGCACUGUUUUCUUGCUACCGGACAGCUGGCGCCAUGUCAGGCUGUGCUUAAGACAUUCCUCGGAGAACAUCAAGAAGGGAACAACACUAACACGGCGAAAAUUGCGUCAGCACCCGUCGUGCCCCCGGAUGCGAAGGUCUUGGACGGGGUGGAGACGAUAUUUGUGAUGCCAUCGAUGGUAGAAGGAGAGAGAAUGGAGCAGUUUCGAUACUGGAUUGGGACGUGGCUGAGGGAGAACCUGGUGAAGGGGACCAUCAGGCCGAGUCCGCAGCCAAGCAUCGUGGGGAAGGGUUUGGGGGUUAUCAAUGCUGGGUUGGACAAGCUGCGCGAGGGGGUGAGUUGUACGAAGUUGGUUGUUGAGGUUGCGGAGUGA